GCCAAGCCUGGAACUGACGGUCCAGCUGAAGAAAGCUGAGGGGAAACUUGUGUAACGUUAUAGUUCAGUGUCUCAAGAAGUCUUCCACAGUGAACGGGUGAAGUUUAGAUACAUAAACAAUAACGACCGGUGAAGCAUCAUGGAAAAGCAGUGAGUCUACCAGUGGUUGCUUGAUACGCAUAUCAAUAUGCCAGCUGAAGUUUCGAGGACGGGAAAGAUCGGGGCGGGCAUCGUCCUGUUCUUAGUGCUGGCGGUGGUGUCCAUCUUGGCAGUUGGAUCAGCCGUUGGUUGGUAUGACCAGGAUAAAGAACACGCCGGCGGCCACCCUCCAGGCUACAAGGAGAGGCUCGAUGGCGGAAACCUAAAGCCAGACCACCUAGAGCCCUUUUAUGAUCAGCAAGAGAACCCCUGGAGACCGUAUGAUAAGGAUGUACCUGAAGGACAGCGUGUUGACAGUGAGACCUCUGGCUUGUUUGUGCCUCAGGAGGAGUGGGCGGACGAACUGAGUGCCAAUGGUCGGUGCGGCUGCAACAUGACGGCGUUGGUGAAGUUGGUGAGGACCCACAUCCGCCAAGGCCCCCCAGGACCACCAGGACGAGACGCCGAACCUAGUCCACCAGGCCUGUCUGGUACACCAGGGCCUCAGGGUGAACGAGGACUGCCUGGCCGUCGAGGAGAGAAGGGUGAGAGAGGUGAGUUUGGCAGCCCUGGAUCUGAGGGAAUUCAAGGACCAAAGGGCGAUCCUGGGACUGACGGAAUGGUGGGUCCUGUGGGACCUUCAGGGCCCCCAGGACCUCCAGGACCACGGGGCUGGACCUGGGGCGCUGAUGACACUAAGACGCCUGGUUGGCGGUUACACUCCGGGUACCAACCACAGGUAGAGGACGACGUGGAUCCAGAGAUGGGGGUUCCUUUGGUGGAGACGAGUAACCCAGGGCCCAGGGGCAGCCCAGGACCCACAGGAGAAACUGGGCCCAGGGGACCCCGCGGACAUUCAGGCCCUAAGGGCGACAGAGGACACCCAGGGCUCAAGGGUCAGAAGGGAGAAGAGGGACUCCAAGGCCCAAGUGGACGCUUAGGGAACAAGGGCACACGAGGACAUCCUGGCGUGGACGGCCUCCCAGCACCACCAGGCCAAAAGGGACAGAAAGGUGACAUUGGCCCUAAAGGACAUGGACUUCCAGGCCUUAAGGGAGAUCAGGGUGAUAAGGGGAAUCAGUUCUACUCCCCGGAGGAAGUAAGGACGAUGGUGCUCACUUCAAUUCAGGGCUUCGUUAACACUAACCCUACACACAUGACCAGCCUCAGAGAGAUAGCCAAAAGGAUCGAAGUGGUGUUGCCGAAGGGCCAGGAUGGCAUCCCUGGCGCUCCUGGAACUGCCGGACCAAAAGGAGAAGAAGGUCGCCAGGGCCCCAGAGGCUCCAUCGGUUACCCAGGCAGCCCAGGACCUGUGGGUGAACCAGGCGAGGCAGGACCCACAGGACGAGUUGGAGGGCGAGGUCCAAAGGGCGAGUCAGGAUCCCCAGGACCCGUGUUGAUAGCUAACGGCACCAUCAUCGAAGUCAAGGGCCAGAAAGGAGACCCUGGACUGAAUGGAGAGCCGGGCCUGAAAGGACCCAAGGGACCACCAGGACCACCAGGGCCCUCAGGACCCCAACCUGGACAAGGACUCUUCACAGCAGCGCGGGACACCACCUAUGCGUACGACGUAAUGGGCAUCAAGGGAGACAAGGGUGAGAGAGGUCCACCUGGCCCACCUGGCCCUUCUGGACCAGGCAUCAGCGCUAUGGGUCGUGGAGCCACCUAUACCCCCGGCGGCGUCUUCGGUAUCAUGGCUCAGCGUCGUCCUCGCCCUGGCCAGAACGGGUUCGGUCUGGGAGGUGGACUGGACAACGACUCUGAUGAUGGCGAGGGAAUUGUCGGUCCUCCUGGACUUCCUGGACCAGAGGGACCCCCAGGACCCGCAGGCCCCCACGGACCACCAGGCCCCCCAGGUCUUCCAGCACAAGUAACCAACGACCCACAGUUCAUCCCAGUACCCGGUCCUCCAGGUCCAGCGGGCCCCCCUGGACCACCCGGCACCCCAGGAUCGCCAGCCUUUGCCUCCCCACGGAAAUACGGCUUUGGACCACCAAGCUCACGCGAGAGUAUAUUCGAUACCUUGCCCAAGGCACCGAACCUUGGCUUAGGUUUAGGUUCCAGCUCACCACUCACCUUCACUUCAAGACCAGCAAUGUUACAGGCGUGGUCACGACACGACAGGGGAACACUUGCUUAUGUCCUGGACGAUGACUCUCUCUUCCUGCGAGCAACACGAGGGUGGCGGGAGGUCACGCUUGGAGACAUGUUGGCCCCACAGCUCACGCCCACACCGCCACGCCCCUCCACAUCCACGUCCAUCAACCCUAACGUGGAGACCCUUCCCGAGGAACUAGCCACCGACCACAGCGCCGGCAGGUCAUGGUGGGGCGAGCCUUUAACUACAGACAAUGAGAACGAAGUGUGGAAUCUGAAAGAGUUACGGUUGGCGGCACUGAACGAGCCGUGGUCAGGCAACGUGCGAGGCGUGUCGUCUGCCGACUACGCCUGCUACAGACAGGCCCGUACAGCCGGUCUGCGAGGAUCCUUCAGGGCGCUCUUGUCUGGACCAAGACAUGACGUAGCCUCAUUGGUUCGCUUCACUGACAGACAACAGCCAAUCAUCAACCUCCAAGGUAAUGUUAUAUUGGGGUCAUGGAGACAUGUUGUGGCAGGCGAGGGCGGUCAGUUCCUUGAGCAGCCCAGGAUCAUCUCCUUCGAUGGUAGAGACGUGUUGAGAGACAGCUCUUGGCCAGUCAAGUACGUGUGGCAUGGUGCCAAUAGGUACGGGGAAACGUCGCUCAGUCACAACUGCAACGGAUGGUCCAGUACCUCGUCCAGCGGCUUCGGGAUGGCCUCAGCCCUACACAGCCUCAAGCUCCUCGAUCAACAGAAGAUCACUUGUGACAACCGACUGAUCGUACUUUGUAUUGAGAGUUCUAGUACGCUUCCCAAGCGUAGAAAACGAAAUGUUGGGGAAUGCUGUGAUUCGAAUGAAAGAAAACAGCCGGAUGACAACGAACUGCGAAAAUAUGGAGAUUUUGAUAGUCAAUUAGAGAAAGACAAUAAGAAAAUAUUUAAAAAGGUACUGGCUGAUAGAUCUAUAGAUCCUCAACUUUCUAGCGUAACAGAUAAUAUAGAAAAUCACAUAGACAGUCCCACAAGCGAGCACAAAGACACUCCGAGCACAAGUCUACAGGAGGACAAGCCUUCCAUUCAAACUAAGGACUUGUAUCUAAUCUAAUUGAAGAUAAGAAAAAUUAUGUAUUAUAAUUAAUAAUGUGCUCCUUUCUACAGUAUUUUUCCCGCUUCGGGUUAAUUUAACCCUUAGGUCUUGAUUAUAUCUCUCGUCUACGUAUAAAAAAUGUUUGGAGUAACACGGGUUUAUGCAGAGUGAGAGGUACCACGGCUUUGCUACAAUUUCCGACGUUUGUAAUGAUGGCAAAGUGUUUCAAUAAUUAUUCUAUAUGCAGAUCUUCUAUUAUCUUCAACUACAUUGCCUUCCAUAACCAAGAGGCAUUUUACAUGUACAUAGUGCUUAUGUAACCAAGUCUUCCAGUGUAAUAUGCCUUUGAAAAUGCAAAUAAUGUCUUCCAAUAUGUAAAUAACUGUUUAAGAUUCUAAUUUUAGACAUUCGAGUAUACAGUACUUGUAAGUUUAUAAGCUGUUCCUUGUCAUUCAAAUCACCGCUAUUAUUUUUUAUCUUGAUACUUCACAGCAGUGUAUAUAAUGGUGUUGUAGGAUACGAUGUAUAAAGGUGCACAAUAUCACAAAAAAUAUAUAGCACCUUUUUGUCCAGCGAUACUGUCCGAAUUUUAAUGAUUUUGACCAAUGGGCAGCUGUGUCCUUAUAUAUCAAUGAUUAAUAGUUGUAGAGUAUUCGAGUAGAUUAAUAAUAGUGUUAGCUGUGUCUUACAAAUAUAAACUAAUCUCCAUUUUUCGGAACGUACGAAUGUUUCAAUCUUUCAUCCAUGUAAUCGCCUGACACAUUACUUCUCUGGUCUUCCACACUAACGAAGUUCCUCAUAUUGAAGCUUUAAAGUUGCUCUUCUUCUUUUUUUUUUUACAUAUCUCUUUCAAUAAUCACAAACAAGGCUUUAGGGACCAUCUUCCUCACAUAUUUCACGAAUGCAAUCCCUUCAAGUUCUCCUUAGCCUCGCCAUUUAUAGUUAUUCUUACCUUUCACAAAACUAACAUCACCUUCUCAUUUCUCGUAUUCUCUCACAUUUAUAAAACAAAAAUUCAAGCUCUAACAAUGUAACUUUGUGCUCGUAAUUAUCCUGUUGUCUCACUCUUGUGCUUUAUUCAGAGCUUUUGAGAACUUUCCUCGCAUUUCAUUCUUCAUAAUCUACACUACAGUAUAUUCUCUGAAAUUAACAUCUACUUUUGGCUAAUGUGGGCUCGCCUUCUCAAAAAAAAAGUAAAUAUAGAAGAAAUGAAAAUGGAAAAACGUAAUAAUAUUUAACGUUGAUUCUUCUGAUAUUGGAAACUGUAAAUUUUAUCAAUGUUUAUGAUUAUCAUAAAUGUAUUUUUUCUUUUCGCUUGUUAUAACACUAUAAGGUACUGUACACGGUUAUGACAUUUUAACAAGGUAUUAUAAUUAUCAUGUUCUAUUGUAAGUGAUAGAGUAUUAAAUGUAUUAUUAUUUUUUUCCCUCCAUUUACUUUAGGAAAUACUAUGAUAACAAAUGUUGUUAUUGUUUGUUAUGACAUCUUAACAAGGAAUUAUAUUUAUCA